AUGGUCUCUAAGUCAAUCUAUGCAACAAAGUCCAGUGCUACAUCUCAUCGUAACCAGGCACCUCGAAGACGGCCAAAGGUCACGCUCAGCAAAGAAGCACGAGUAGCCCUCAGGGCUGCACAGUGCGACAAGUCUCGCAAAUUCAAGGAUGCCCUUGAUGAAGCCUGGGACCAGAUCAAUGAGACUACAAAGACUAUUGCCGUGUCUCACCAAAAGAGCAUCCGACGCGUCCAAAAUCAGUUGUACUUUGGUCUCCGCUUGAAGCGCUCAAAGCCAAGUCUCUGGAACACAUUUUGCUGGAAGAAAAAUCUGGAUAAAGAAAACCAUAGCGAAGGUAGAGCUGCACUUCAGUCACUAGUCCGUGAUCAUAAGGAAGCAUACCAUGCGCUGUUGAAAGAAGAACGGGAGGACCUCUUAGAGGAGUUCACAGAGUACAGAGACACUAGGACUAAAGGUCUGCGCAUCUCGAUGAAGUCAAAGCUCAUUAGUCUUAGAUGUCGUACUGGUGCCGAGAGUAUUUUAUUCACAACGUGUGGCUCAACGGAUCUCCCUUUAUGCGGGAUUACUUUCGCAAGUGAUGGAGUUGAAAAAUUCAUGGGUUCGGUGAUGGGGAUUGAUAAUCAGGAUUUUGUGAGCAAGAUGGAAGGAUCUGCCAUCCAAGGGAUCAAAGGUCAAAAAACAAUUAAUGUGCGGGAAAGAAUCAUCAGAAGCUCAUCCCAGACACACCAGUAUCGCUUACCUCCAUCAAUAGAAGAGAUCACUGGUGAGCCUGGUGCCACCAUGCAAUGGGCGCACUACUUCCACAAUGUGGUUCAAUGCUAUCAGGUCGUAAUCAAAGGGUGGCCAGACAACAUUAAGUUCACAAACCUCAGCAACGUGUCCAAAUGGGUCAACAUAGAUGAUGAUGAGCUUGAGAAACUUCAUCUGGAGCGUAACGAGCAGCUUGACAAUGGGGAUAUCGUUGACCAUCGUCAACGCACUCGCUCUGACAAGGGAAGGAAGCGCAAACAACUUGCAGCGUCUCAAAAGAAACACAAAAGUGCAGAAUUCAUCGAGAGCAGUGACGAAGAAGAUGAGCCUGACCAGCCCCCAACUGAUGCUACUAGCAAGAAACACAAGAGUGCAGAAUUCAUUGAGGACAGUGACGAAGAAGACGAGCCAGGACCAAGUACUCACUCUGCUGAGCAGGCUAACACCAACGAACUCCCUCAGUUUGAUACCAACAAGCUUCCUCAGUUCAAUGCCCACGAAUUUGCUGUGCAGUCCAACCUUCCGGCUUUCAAUCUUAAUGCGCCUUUUGACGCUGAUAUUACCUUGGCUCGCCUCAAUACGUUGUUCGGUUCAUACGACUUCCAGGAUUUCAGUAACACCAUCUGA